GCAGAGGAGAGAGAAGAGAGGCUGGGAGUCGCUCAGCUUAUCUCAACGCGUCCUGUUUAUGUACACACAGUAGUGUACUAGGCUUUUAAAAUACACAGUUAUUAAAAUAUUGCUCGAAUAGGGAGAAGAUAUCCGGAAUGGAUCCAUUUACCGAGAAACUGCUGGAGCGGACCCGCGCUCGCAGAGAAAACCUGCAGAAGAAGAUGGCAGAGAGACCGAACGCUGCAAACAGACAGAUGGUCAAAAGACCCAGAGAGCCACUGGCUGACACCAACAGUGUGAUCAGUGAGCCAGUUGUUGAUAAAGUCCCACAGGUGUCCUCCAAGCCUUCCCCCUCCAAGCGCAGUCGCUCAGGAGAAAAUCUCCAGCCCACGGCCAGCGAGGAGAACCAGGAGCCAGCGAUGACCCGAUCUGCAGCCUCUGUCAACCCAGAUCCACCCACAAACAAGAAACCCCCAGUGGGGCCCGCCAGCAUCCGGUCCAGCUCCUCCCUGGAGAAGACCGCUACCCGGCCUGUUGUCCAGUCUCAGCCAGAGCAGCCGAAAACUGUCCAACCAGAGCCAGAGAAGAUGUCAGUCACCCCUUCUCUGAAUAGCAGGGAGGUGGAGAUGGUGUCUGCCAGUCCAGCUCCACAGAGGAACAAGGAGGAACCAGUGGAAGAUUCAACUCCAUCUACUGCUGGCAUGAAAUCUCGUUUUCAGAGACUCGCUGAGCAGAGAAAGGUUUGGGAUGGCACCUCUGAAGUUCCAGACAGCACUCCACUGCCCAUGUUGAAUAGACAAGCUGAUGUCCCACCUGCCGCCGUCCCCGCUGCGUCCUCAGGAGGUCCAGUGGGGAGGAGAGGCAGGCUGGCCAACCUCGCCGCCACCAUCGGAUCCUGGGAGGACGACUUAAGCCACGCCAACAUUCCCAAACAGACACAAGAGAAGCCGGCUACACCAUCUGUUUCCAGGUUCGCCAACAGAGACACCAGCGUGACCGCCAGCACUAAACCAAGUGCUGCAGGUCAUGUGACGGCCAGCUCAGCCACAAGCAGCAAGACCACAAUCACCUCCAAACAGCAGGCAGUGUGUUCUCCAGUGAAGUCAAGCCAUGUGGUUCCCCCAAGUCCUCAGAAGGCUGAAACCCCUGCUGCCAGACCAGCACUUCAGUCAGUCCCAAGUCCUCAGAAGAGUUCCGUCCAGAGAACCGCCUACCCACCCAGUCCCCUGAAAACCCCCUCCUCCAGCACAACAUCAGUGCCUCAAAGCCCCCUGAAGAAUCAGGCUCUGUCCAGGGGUCUCAACCCCUCCAGUCCUCAGAAGCCAGAACUCCGUGCAAAGCCCACCAUUGCUGGCCCCUCUGUCCCACAGGAAAGAGCCACUCCUGGAGCUCCUAGUGUAAAGUCUUUCUUGGAGCGGUUUGGAGAGAGGUGCCAGGAGCGAUCAAACCACAGCUCCCCAGCAGGGGCCACCCCCCAGGCAAAGACCCCCACUGUGACUCCAUCAGUCACACCAAACACCAGACUGAUGCAGGAGAGACUCAAAGCUACCCAAGCUGCAAAAACCACCACUGCUGAUCUCACCCAGAAACAGAAGCUGGAGCGUGAGUCCGAACUGGCUCAGAUUCGCAGUCGUUUCCAGAAGGGCAACAAUACGUGGAAAAACGAUGAAGCAGCAGAAAGCAAGAAAAUCACAGACAUCAAGGAACAGCUGGACAAGCCUGUGGAGGAGGAAGUUGCCCCAUGUGAGCGACUGGAUGAACCCACAGCACCCUCUAGUGACAGUACUGAUACACCCAUCAAGUGCGCCCCUCCAGCAGGUCAUGGGUUGGUGCUGUCACCUCCAGCCUCCACAUCCAGCCCUCUGAGAGUGGCGGCCCCCACAGAAAAGAAAGCAACAGAUGAAACCCAAAAAGAAGAAGAGGAGAAAGAGGUCGUCAAGGAGAUCGAGAUGAGUGUCGAUCAGUCCAUCAACUCGGCCGUUAUCAACGAGCUGUUCGACGGAGUCCUGGAGCAGAGCGACGACGAAGAUGACGACGAAGAGGAGGAAGAUGCCUUGAAUAUCUCCUCCAUGUCCAUCCUCACUCCUCUGGUGGAGACUGUUGCUUCUGUGGUGAAGAGUCCAGAGAGGAGAAUGAUGACAUCAACUCCAGCUAGCUCAUUCAUUGUGAAGAACACUCCAGACAAUGUCUCCAAACCUGGAAAGUUCCAGAGAACCAACAUGAUACGCACCGCCUCUGUUGACAGUGUUGAGGCUUUAGGAGAGGACCAUAAACUGCCUUACAGCAUUGAUGCAUACAGAUCCACCAGAGUGAAGGAGACUGAGAGACCCAGUAUCAAACAGGUGAUCGUGAGAAAAGAGGAUGUUUCUCACAGAGCAGAGGAACCACAAGGCUCCAGUCUGUUCAGCAUCAAACAGAAGAUGAAGAUUCUGGCCAAUGAGAUGAACCUGCAGCAGACAGUGAUCCACCAGGCCAGUCAGGCACUCAACUGCUGCACAGAUGAAGAGCACGGCAAGGGAUCACAGGUGGAGGCUGAGGCUGAGAGACUGCUGCUCAUAGCAACGGAGAGGAGGGAGGCACUGAAGUCAGAGCUGGACCGUCUGAAAGGAGAGGGUCCUGCAGGCCAGAAAAAGACCCCCGCUGCUCCAGAAGCCUCUGCUUCCAAGGGCUCCAUCACCCUGCAGGAGCUACGCCUGCCUCUCAAGGCAGACUUUGUUUGCUCCACUGCCAACAAGCCAGAGUCCACCAAACAUUCCUUCUUCAUCAUGAUUCGGGCUGGAGCAGAGAACACUGUGGCCACUCCGUUAGCGAGCACACACCGCGGCCUCAGUGGAGACACACUCACCUUCCCUACCAAGUUCACCAUAACUGAUGUCUCCAGUGACUUUGCCAUAGACAUUGAAGUGUAUUGCCUGGUGCAGAAGCGUGAGAUCUGCAAUGACAAGAAGAAGAAACCCAACAAGUCAAAGGCUAUCACUCCAAAGAGAUUCCUCGCCAUUACAAAAAGUGGCCAAACACCAGUUGUGGCCAGUCCAGGAGGCCCCAACGCUAUUCGCACCAGUCACUUUGUCCAGGUCGGAUCUCACAAGCUCACUCUAUCUUCCAUUGGGAAAAACAAAUUUCCUCUGGAGAAGGUGCCAUUCUUGUGCCCUCUGGAGGGCCACAUCUACCUCAAGAUGCAGUGUGAAGUCGGCUCCAAGGUGGAGGAGAGAGGCUUCCUGACGAUGUUUGAAGAUGUAAGUGGAUUUGGCGCCUGGCACAGGAGGUGGUGCGUCUUAUCAGGAUACUACAUCUCCUACUGGACUUACCCAGAUGAUGAGAAGAGAAAGAAGCCCAUUGGGUGCAUCAACCUGGCCAACUGCACCAGUAAGAAGGUGGAACCAGCCAACAGAGAGUUUUGCGCCCGACCAAACACAUUUGAGCUCAUCACAGUCAGACCACAAAGAGAGGACGACAAAGAGACACUAGUCAGUCAGUGCCAGAAUACCAUGUGUGUCACCAAAAACUGGCUGAGUGCUGACACUAAGGACGAGAGGAAUUUGUGGAUGAAGAAAUUGAACCAGAUCGUGGUGGAUCUGCGUAUGUGGCAACCAGAUGCCUGUUACAGGCCAUUGUAAUCACCACACUCUGUCACAAGAAGCCCUUCUCUCUUUUGGACUUCCGAUACCAGAGACUAAUGCAAUCACAAAGUGCAAUAUAGUAUGAGAAUUGUUAAAUAAUUUGCUUGUGGAUAUUUCACAGGACAAUAAGUAAUCAAACACAUAAGUUAUAGAUCUGAGGAAAGUUAAUAAAGCCAUACAUUUGAAACAUUUCAGUUCAGUAUUUUGCGCAGGGCUGGGGUCCUGGCACUAUAUUUUAUACAUGAGUAAACAUGGAUUGCCACAUUUUUUAUGUUAAUACUGAUAUUUAGUGUGCUUGCCACAGAAUGCAUGGCUUUAAAUUAUUUGGUUCCAAUGCUGAAACCAAUAUGUCUAAAGUAUAGAUGAAUACUAAUUUGAGGCAACACAGUUUUAUCACUGAAUGAAUGCUCUACAUUUUAUCAAGCAUGAUAGCACAGAACAGUACUGAUACUUUUGGUAAGUUUUUACUUUAUAUAUAUAUAAGAUUUUACAACUAUUGGCAUGGUUUUUUGUCAGUGCCAUGCACAGGUUUUGAUACAACAGCUUUGGACAUAUAUUUGUUUUUAUUUGUUGUUUAAGUAAUUUUUUCAAUGUUGAACUUUUGGCUAACUGCUACAUACUCCAUAAUACAGCCCAAAUGAUACUAGAGUUUAGUAGCUGAUAUACAGAGUUUUAAAAAUGUUGUAAUUGUAUAUUGACCAGCAUAUGUACAAAGUGGGACAUUUUGCCACAUAAAAAUAAACUUGUCAGUGCUCUGAUGGAAAAACUGUUAUAGCAACACUGUAAAUUACUGCAAACAUCAUUACAGAAUUUGUUAUUACGGUACUUCUUCAGCUCUAAGAUAUCGGUCAGACUCCAGGCCAUAUCGGAUGUUCCUGACGUUGGAAGAAAAAUGGCUUCUCACAAUGGAAGCCGCUUUGCUUCAAUAUCAUAUUUGCUUUUUCAGAACAUCUUAGACUAUAUAUUUUAGUGAGGGAGUGCUCAAGAAUACCCGUCUUGGUAAAUGUUUUUUCAGACUGUAAAAUUGUAACUUGUAUCAAAGUAAAAGAUAAAGCUUUUUCACCAUGAACACACACUUCCAAAAUUACACUUUCUUCUUUCUGAAUAUCUUUUACAUCCAUUUUCAUUAUGAAGCAUAUAAGACAGUUUAAGAUAUAAGUGCUUUCAUCGCAUACAACAGUUUUCAGUUUGUCAGGUAUUUGUGGAUCAAUGAGACUUUAAUAAAUGCCUGC